AUGUGUUACUCCUGCAACACUAAAGGAUAUUUCUCUAGCCGAUGCAAAGACGGCAGAGGUCCUAUGGUAGAGAGGCGAACGGACGAACUUGAGAUGAUGGCAAGGCCUGCGCAGAACUAUGGGCCCGGAAUCGCUGCUCGCGAGGUCUCACGUCUUCCUAGCCACCUGGAGGCUCGGGCAUCCUCCUCAAGCCGCUCUGAUAGCAGCUCCAGUCGGGCUAGCUCUAGGCCACAGGCACAAACUAACAUUCAAUACGAACCAUCAAUUAUGUCUGUUGACUCGAAAGAAUCGCUUGCCAACGGCUUGAUGUCUUUCAGAUUCGAGAUCAAAGACAUGGGUGAACGUAUUGAAUACCUGAUUGCUCUCAGGAAGCGGCUCUCCCAUAAACAGAAGAAGAUCAAUCCUGCGGAGUACGAGCAGGCACUAAACUCGCCGUCCAUGAUUGUGCUUUAUGAGGCGUACAAACAAGCGGCUGCGUAUACUACCCAGUGCAAGAACGCCUAUGAACAGAGGAUGGCUCAGUACAAUAACAGGUUCCUCUUUGCAAGUAACGAAGACCAGAUGGAAAUAUAUGCUUUGCAGGAGAAUUGGGUCAGGGCAACAGUCAAUACUGCCGAGCAACGAUUGAACUAUCUACAGCAGUUUCCAUUUGCCUACCAAAACAAAGAGGCAAUCAGGGGUCACAUCCUUGCAGCAGAAGGUUCAAUGAAAGCGGCCUUAAAUGCCCUGAAGGAUGUGGAGAUGAACAAGAGGGGAAACUACCACGUUCUCGAGAACAGUAUGAUCUUGGUGUAUGGACUGCAUGACGUCACGACUGAAGACGUUCAGCAAGCGUGCGACCUAGCGACUGAGACGUAUGCAAAGAAGAUCUUAAACUGGCCAAACGGAAGACUUGAGAUGCCAGAAAUCUUCAAAGUUAAGAGCCACGAUGAAGAACUGAAAGAUUUGGAGCAUUGCAUCGAACGAUUUGUUGGUCAUCUUCAUGACGUCUUUGAGGCGUCACCACCCAAAGACUUACCCACCUACCCUCACGCGUUCGUUGUUAUGGACGAGGACUGUUUGAAGGCUGAUGCGACUGCUACUCUGGUUCUUGCGCAUAAGCCAGAGGAUGACUGGAGAGUUCAGCAUUGCUCUGUGCCCAUUGGCGUUGAGCUUGGUCUGGCGGUUGAGAGCUUGAGAUUGGGCGACGUGACCGAAACAGAUAUGCUUAACCAGUUUACCAAUUAA